AAUCGCUGGGCGCCCUGUCGGGGAUUUGACUUGACGUUUCACUGUACUGCUGCUUCCGUGUCCCCGUCUCCCUCGCCUCCCGCUGGCACCGAGGAGAUCCCCGUCCCGUGCCGUAUCUGCCGUGACUCUACAUCCAAUCAAGGAGCAACGCCAGCGAUGCCUGGACUGAAUGCUUGGAUUCGGCUUAAUGCGCAGCAACACGCGAUGCGCUCAAUUAUUGCGUAAAAGCACCGUAGAAUUAACACAACAACAUGCAGGAGAAGCAAACGGACAACCAGACGCGCACUUCGUCCAACGCAUCGUCGUUUUUCAUCGAGAACCUUCUUGGCAAGGGACGGAAUGGACACGAAUCGCUUAUGGACAGGAGCCGCGGGGCGGCCGGUUUAGAGACGCGCUCCACCGGCCGAGUCCAAAAAGUACACCACGCCGACGCGAGCGCUCUGGCGCCCGAUGGCUCCAGCCCCACCACUCGGUACCCGGACACCGACGCGACACUGCGGUGGUACGGCGGGGGAGCGGCCGCCUUAAACCACCGAGGUUUGGAAAAGCCACAUAGUCCAAGAGAUAAUACAAGUUCCGACGACCACUUCUGCUCCAUAUCGAACAGUGAUCGGUGCUCUCCCGCCGUGUCCGAGCCGAUAACGGAGAGCAGCGACGAAACUGACCGGAAAACCGCCGACAGCAGCCUGACGGACGACAACGACGACGUGCACAGCGGUUUCGACGCACGGUCGGAGCUGGACGCGUCCUCGGAUCCGAGCUCCACCCGCAAGAAGAAGACCCGGACCGUGUUCAGCCGCAGUCAGGUGUUCCAGCUGGAGUCCACCUUCGACGUGAAACGCUACCUGAGCAGUUCGGAGAGAGCGGGCCUGGCGGUGUCCCUCCACCUGACAGAGACCCAGGUCAAAAUAUGGUUUCAGAACCGCAGGAAUAAAUGGAAGAGACAGCUGGCGGCGGACCUCGAGGCCGCGCACGUCCCCCAUUCGACCCAGCGGAUUGUCAGGGUCCCCAUCCUGUACCACGAGGGACCCACGACCUCUGCGGGGCUGGGGUUCAAUCUGAACGCACGCGUUCUCUCUCCAGCGGUCACGGGCUUCUCCGGCUCCAUCAACUACCCUCUGUCCUCGUUCGCACACUCCAUGAGCAUGCUCAGGUCACAGAUGACCGGCUUGGUUUAAAGACUGUUGAAGAAGCUGUGUGUUUGACGUGAAUUACACCCAGUCGUGCAAUAACCCAGAAUGUCACAGAAAAACCAUUGACUGCAUCCAAAGAGAAGAGCGGCAGACACCAAUUACAGGGAACAGUAAUGGAUUAUCUGCACCAUAAACCUCCACGGGAGUGUGUGAAUAACGAGAGCAGGCGAAGCCGAUGCUGUCCUGUAACUGUAUGUUUGAAUACACACAUAUUUUUGCAAAGUUUUAUAUUUAAAGUCACACGUUCAACUUUGUCACUUUUUCCACAUAAUAAAACAACAACAACAACAACUAUAA